AUGUCAGGGCUGAGCGAAGCUCAAAUUGAUCCUGAACGGCAUCGAUUUCCUUUUUGCAUUGUUUGGACGCCGAUUCCAUGUUUAACGUCGGUUUUAAAUAAUGAUACCUGGAAGAAUAUUUAUUUUCAGAUGGUUCUUUCCAUUUGUUGGUCAUAUGGGAAUCGCAACAAGCCGGGGAGUUGUUCGCGACUUUGCGGCGAGCAAUUACGUCAGUGUGAGUUGAUUAUUUUGUAAUAAAUAAACUUAUGGAAACAUUAUUCAGGAAGACAAUAUGGGAUUUGGUUGGCCUACAAAGUAUUGGCAGUUGUCUCCAAGUAAAGUCGAGGUAUUUUCUUUGCUUAAUAUUCUUCAAAAUCAAUUUUGUUUCAGGGAGGCGCAGAAGCUUACGAUCGCGCAAUUUGUGAGGCUUCGGACGAAUACAAAUGUCGUACGGUUGGUUUUGAAUCAAUUUUUGGAAAUGUCGUUUCUUCAGAAGAAUAACUUAAACUCAAAGCUUACGAGUUCACUUAGAUUUCUAAACAAAAUUCAAGAUUUAUCUGGGAUAAACCCUUUUUGUCUAAGCUUUCAGAGUAGUUCUGGGACCUCUAACUUUCUCAUAGUUUUUUUCAAAUUUAAAAUAAAAAGUUUAUUUUUUUCUACGAAUAUUUAGUUUUUAUUUAGAAGUUCCAGGUUUCUUACGUUUCAGCGCUUCCUGUUCUACAUAAAAAAAUUUAAAGAAAGUAAUAUUUGAAAGAAAAAAGAUUUACAGCGAAAAUUUUUUGCAGUUUCACUGAGGUUUUUUUUUUGACCCGAAAAGCUGGAUCUUUCAAAAUAAAAUUAUGCGCAAAGAGCUUUAUGUAAGAUUUUCGAACUGGAAUCUGGCCUGUCUUUUUUCUUUCUAAAACCACCAAAAGCACAGCACAACUUGAUUUGCGACAACUGCCAUUCACACGUCGCCAUGGCGUUAAACUUGAUGAAAUACGACGGUUCGAGAAAUUGGAACAUGGUGAACCUCGCUUCCUUCAUCCUGUUCAAAGGAUCUCAUUUGGGGUUUGAAAUAUCCAGUUUUCAUAUUUUAAAAUGUUCUUUCAGAUUGGGUUCGAUCCUUCAACAAUGGCUCCCAUUUUGCCUCUUCAUGUUCAUUUUGAUCUCUAUCUCUUUUUUGACUCUCCAUCGAUGAAAAUUUAUCGAGAAAAAAACCAAUCGAAUUAGGUUUUUUUCGAUUUGUGUUAAAAAAAUUUUUCACGAUUUCCAAAAAGAGCAAAGAUAAUUCAGUAAGGUCUCUGAGGGAAAAAGCCGUUUUCAAGUUUUUUUAAGUUUAAAUAUUGAUAAAUACUUCCAAAGUCUAGUUUGUUUCAAGAUUUCUCCCUCCCCAUUGUUCUUUUUACGAAAAAAAUUGCUCAUUUAUCGAAAUAAAAAAGUUUUUUUUGAUUUCAUCGUCUCACUUUCCCUCGAGAAUAGCUGUAUAUAAUUUUUUUAUUUAAUUUAUAUUUUUGUAAUUUACCAUCACAUGUAUAACUUGUUGUAUAUUUGUCCCGUGUCAUCAAUAAAUAAUUUUUUUUUCAAAUAAUUCUUUUUUCCAUUUAUUUUUCAUGGUCAUGAGAGCCGUGUGGAGUAUUGCUGUCAUUUUUCCGAAAACCUUAUUUUAUUUUGAUUCAGCCAUGGUCCGUUUAUCGUCGGAAGUUCUGUCGGAGGCGCCUCAGUACGUCAACACGCUCAAUCAGCGAGAAUUGAACCUGCGAGGACUCAAAAUUCCGGUCAUUGAGAACAUGGGAAUCACCAGGGUUCGAUCCUUUUCCAUUGCAUAAACGGUUUUCUAGAGCUAGGCCACAUUUUUUCUUUUGAGGCUUGAAAUACCGCUAAGAAAAUAGUUUCACUUAGAAAAUUUUAUGAUUCUUUCGAUAAAUCUCGAAAAACAUCACCUAACGGUUUCCAAUUAGGUAUAUUCAUUGGAAUGUGCGGUUAGAAACAUUCAUUUGUUGUGCCGCUCUGAUCAAAAUUUUCAAAUUCGCUCGAGCCUUGGAAACGUGAAUCGGACGCUUCUGUGCAUUUCUAGUGACCACUGGAGUAGUUUCAGUACUCUUAAGUGAUCCCUGGGAUUUUCCGGAUUUACGGUUCUUGUUACAAAGGUCUGAGCCGUCUCAAAAAAAUAGAAAUAAACGAAAAAAAAUACGGGAUAUUUGAAAUUUUAGGGAUUGAAGAAAACUUUUUUUCUUCAAUUUAAAAUUUAUUUCAUUCGCCUAUUUUCAGUAAAUUUUUAAAAUUUCAGAACUUAUUUAUUUUUCUAUGAAAAUCCUUCAAAUUUUUUUUUCAAAUUCAAAGGUCACGAUUCAGUGUCAUUUUUGUGGUUUUUGAAGAUUUUGAAGAACUUUCUGUUAAUCGAUGAUGAAAAUAAACCUUAUAAAACUUCUUUGAUUCAGGAUCAGUUUGAUUUGGUCGAUUUGUCAGACAACGACAUCAGAAAAGUGGAGAAUUUCCCGUUUCUGAAGCGUCUCGGCACACUUUACCUGCACAACAAUCGCGUCCAGUAAUAUUCUUUUUUUGUGAAGAUUCCUAAUGAAUCGACAAUUUCAGUUAUUUCGCUCCGGAUCUCGGCGAAAAAUUGCCGAACCUGAAGACGAUCGCCCUGACGAACAAUAAUAUUUGCGAGUUGGGAGACAUCGACGCUUUGACCUCCUGCAAAAAUCUCGAAUAUGUCACGUUCGUUUUGAUUUCUUGUUCAAAUAUUCAUCGGGGUGAAUAGUUUUAUGAAAUAGAGAAAUUGUGGACAAAAUUAAUUUUUUUCGAGGAGAAGGUUCUAAAACUGGCUCGAAUUAUUUUUCUGGGGGCCAGAGAAAAAAACGUACAAAAAAUGCUUUAUUUUGAAAGCGAAAUUCGGAAAAAAACGAGUAGUUUUUGAGAAAAAAAUUGUGUUGGGAAGGUAAAAAUAAGUUUAUUGAAUUUUUAGAAAUUACUCAAAGAUUCAUAAUCAAAACUUCCUUUUUUUCUGCUUCUUUCUGCUUCAGCCAUCAGAAUUACCAUUAAAAUCGCUAAUUAACAGGAUUAUUCCUUGUAAUUUUCCUAGAAUUGAAAGAUUUUUUUUAACUUGCCUUGUCGUUUUAGUCAUAUCGUUUGAAAUUUUCAAUUACAGAUAAUUUUCAACUUAUUAAUUAUAGAUUACCCUUUUUUUAUCGAGAAGGUUAAAUUUUUUUAUAUUUUUCAAAUUAUUCUCAUUUUUGGAACGAAAACCCUCACAUCAAAGUAUAACCUCAAAAGAAUCUUUUCAGUUUCAUCGGAAACCCAAUCACACACAAGGAGAACUACCGUCUUUAUGUGAUCUACAAAUUGCCUUCAGUUCGAGUUAUCGAUUUUCGUCGUGUGAAAAUGGCGGUUUGGUUGAUCGAUGGUGAUCGUAAGAAGGCAUGGAUUGUAGGAAAGAAAAGCGGCGAAAGAGAUGUUCAAGGGGAAAUCCGGGAAAAAGGCUCGCGAGGCGAUCCAACGGAGCGCAGUUCCCGUCGACACGGGCAAGGAGAACGACAACGCCGGCCAACAGCUCACGGACCUCGACCGCGCCAAAAUCAAGGUUCGUUCUUCUUGAUCGCCACAAACAGUUCUGCAACUGAAUCAUUCCGUUUAAUUUGUUUUCUUGUGAGUUUUGAAACAUUUUCGAAAAGCUCUAUUGAGACCAAGCACACGUUUUUUAUUCAUUUUUUGCGAUAGAACUGUGAAAACUCAAAGAUAAAAAAAUUAUUCAUGAAAAAUGCAGCCGUUUAUAACUGAUAUUUCAAUGCGAUUCAAGGUCAUGCAUUUUCUUUUUCAUUUAAAAAAGCACGAAUUAAGGGAAAAAAUGAAUUUCUUCUUGGAAAUUUUUUUUUGGCCUUUUUGAACGCUCACGAAAGCUAAAAAUGAGAUCUCAUAAGUUUUUUUAAAAUUUUUUUUUCUAUUUUCCAUUAUAUUUUUUUUCCAACUGGCUCCCAUCCAAACAGCAAAUCACUUUUUCUUCCGAAAAAAUCUUUGUUUUCAUUCAGAUGUCGAUUGUUGUUUCGAAAUUCAUUAAAAUAGCUUCAUUUCUUGAAAUUAUCGUAUUAAAACAUGAAGUUAUUUCAUAUGUUAUUGACCAAAUAAGUGAAUUUUUUUCCAUUGUUUUUUUGAAAUCAAAUAUUCUUAUUGGUACCCCGAAGUCACUUGGCUGCAAAAAAGGACCAAUAAAAACAAAGUUUUUCUAAUGAUCUUUUUUUACAGGAAGCCAUUCAAAAUACGAGUUCUUUGGCCGAGAUCAACUAUUUACAAUCGAUUCUGGCGUCUGGACGAGUUCCAGAAAAGGUAAGCGUUGAAGGGAAAUCUUAUUCAGUAAAAUCUGAAUCUACUUCUUGGAAAAAAACUUUUGGUUUCUACCAUAACCCCGGAAUUCGGCGGAGCCUAUAAAACCAGGUGUUAUGAGUUAGAGGUUGUGUGGAACCUGAGAUAACACAAGGAGCCCCGAGAAACCAAUAGAAAUUUUGUACCAAGAGUUUUUCGAAAUUUCAGAGAAUGUAUUUUUAAAAAAAUAGAGAAAUCCAGAAAAAGUUGUAUUGACAAAUUAAAAAAAUUAUUUUUCAGGGUUGGAACCGACAGCUCGAUCUCGCUCUUGGAUCCGAUGGCGCGAGGUUUUUUUUUCCAUUUUCGAAAACCGUUUUUAAAUCCUAUCUUUUUUUCAGUAACGGCAAUUUCGUCGAGGAAAUGGAAGAAUAA